AUGUACCAGGAGUUCCAAGACAAGUGGUCCUCUUUCCAGGCUGCUGAUGGGGUGAAAGGGAAGGUGAUGUGGGAGUACGACGGGACAGAACUCACAAGGUCUGAUCCUCAUGUUCCAGCUUUCCUUUCCACCUUUGACCCCAACCCCUGGAGCCCCGCAAGGCCUUGUUUGGGGGUCGUACCAAUGCUUUGACCUUACGUUAUAUAGCUGAUGAGAAAAUUGGAUAUAUAGAUUAUACUUCCCUUUAUCCUCAUGUAAUGAGUUCCUCUUGUUAUCCUUUGGGACAUCCUGAAAUUAUUCACUGUGACUUUGACUUACCACAAAACUAUUUUGCUUUGAUAAAAGCAUCUGUUUACCCUCCCCGGGGCUUGUUUUUGUCAGUGUUGCCUUACAAAGGACCUCAAGGAAAACUUUUCUUUCCCCUUUGUCGCACCUGCAGUGAAAACUGUCAUGAUUUAACUGGAUAGAACCCAAAUGCAGACAACUACACCAAGCCAGAGAAGGUUUAACAGGUUUAUUUACAAUGUUAAAUAGUCCAGGUUUCCAAUAGCAGGGGAAGAGCAAGUCCAGAUCCAGGUCAGGGCAGGGGUGGUACCGUAAUGUCCUAGUGUCCGUGAUGAGUCCAAGAGGGAGGUCCGUUAGUGGAAAGCAGGAUGGUGGUGGCAGGAGUGAAGCGGAGGCAGGAGUCAGGUUCCAAUAAUCUGUGGCACAGGAGAAAAUAAAAUAGAACAGGCCAAAAACACAAAGAGCGAAAACAAACAGGUUGAGUCGACAGCGAGACUAACAUGGUCGUCUUGACUAUGAUCUGACGAUGAGUGGCAAGUUUGACCGGGUCUUAAAGGCUGAGGUGUUUAUGGUGAAUGAGCUGCAGCUGGAACCCUGACUCCCGCACACCAGACUUCACUCCUGCAAUCAAGGACAGACAGAGGGGAGGGGGAGAGCAGAGAGAGAGCUACCUAGCAGCAGUAGGCCUAACAAAAACAACAACCAGGAAAAGCCUUGUGAUCAUUCAGAUCAAGAAAGAGCCCUGACCGGUGUAUGGUGUAUGGUCGCAGUUGUAAAUGAGAACUUGUUCUCAACUGGCUUACCUGGUUAAAUAAAGGUGAAAUAAAAAAAUAAAAUGGGUCACCGUUGAAUUAUCUAAGGCUAUAGAGAAGGGGUAUCGUGUGGCCAAAGUCUUUGAAGUGUGGAACUUUCCCAGGAAAUCAGACACUCUUUUUUAAAGAGUACAUCAAGACCUUCUGAGAGGCAAGCAAAUGGCGUCAGGGUUUCCUGCAUCAGUCACUGAUCAAGAGAGCAAAGACCAGAUACACUUGACCCUGACAGAAUAGAGGUCAACAAAGCCUAAAUAAAGGUGUGCAAGCUUUUCUUGAACAGUUUGGGGGGCAUAUUUUCCCAGAGAAGCAAUAUGUUAACAACAUCUAUCAUUAAAGAUCCCGAAGAAUUUAUGGGAUUGUUUUUUUCAGACCAAUCUGACAUUUCAAAUGUUUUGUUCUUGAAUCAAGACAAAGCUCUGGGUUUAAUGGAGACGAAACAGGAAGUGGGUUCUACCCCCGAGUAA